GGUCCAAGCUAGGCGUGCAAAUUGAAAUGGCUCCUCCUCCGCGUCCGAUGGUGGUUCGUGAAGUCUGGCAAGACAACCUCAAGCAGGAAUUCUCCGAAAUCACAAGAGCUCUCCAGGCUCUCCCCCAUCAUCGUUUCGCCGCCUUCGACACUGAGUUCCCCGGCUUUGUCUUCCCUGCCGCCAGCCGCCACCACUCCCUUCUCUCUCCUGCUGAGACUUACCUGCAGAUGAAGCGCAACGUGGAUGCCACUAAGAUCAUCCAGUUGGGUCUCGCUCUCUCGGAUCCCAACGGGGACUCUUGCUAUGUGUGGGAGUUCAACUUCAAAGGCUUCGACAAGAAAAACGAUCUUCACAAUUCGGAGUCCAUUCAAUUACUGGAGCGGCAGGGAAUUGAUUUCAUCAAAAACCGAGAAAAGGGUAUCGAUUGUAACGAGUUUGGGAGGCUACUCUUCAACUCUGGCCUGUUGCGGAAUUCGAAAAUCGCUUGGGUCACAUUCCACGGCGCAUAUGAUUUUGGCUACUUAAUCAAAAUCUUGACUCGGCGAGAACUGCCGUCUGACCUCAUGGAGUUUAUGCGUUUGGUGGUAUACUUCUUUGGGUACAAGGUGUUUGAUAUCAAACACAUGAUCAAGUCGUGUGAUGGGCUGUAUGGGGGUUUGGAGAAGGUAGCGCACACUCUUGGGGUUCUCCGUGUAGCUGGGAAAACUCAUCAGGCGGGUUCUGAUAGUCUGCUAACCUUGCAGACCAUGAUAAAAUUAAAGGACCUUUAUUUCUUCGGUAGGGCUUGGAUAAAUUUUCGGUUGAUUUUAUACAGUCUAGAAAUUGACGUUGGGAGUUUGGCUGCACCAAAAAGCAACGGUUUCCAAUCUCUAAGAGGAUGCAACCAGUUCUACCAAACCCGAGGAUGCAAUCAACAGUUGUACCAAAGAUCUAUGUUUGUCUCGGUCAGCGAUGGCAUAAAGCCCCAUGUAAAUGUGGGAACCAUCGGGCAUGUUGAUCUAACUGCUGCAAUUGCAGAGGUUUAUUAG